GCGGAGAGGGCAGGGCUGCGGAACCCUAAAUACUCCCUGCACCGCCUCCUCCAGCGGACGGAGGGGUGAACUGGAAUGGCGGUGGGAGAGCCUCCUCCCGUGGCUGCUAAGUGGAGUCUGAGCCUAGGAUCACUGGCUUCCUCCCUCACUGCUCCAACGUUCUGGGAUCUUGGGCCCCCCAGAGCUGAUGGGUGUGAAGGUUGAAGGCGGGCUCUCGGGUUGGCACAGCUUGUCAUCCCAGCGACUCGGGAGGCUGAGGAAAAAGGAUUGCAAGUUGAAGGCCAUCCUGAGCAACUUAAAAAAAUAACAGCCUCCUUGGGCCCUGUCUGAGCAGGUCUGCCUGGCAAGCUGGGACAUGUCUGGCCCCCAAGGACCAUCCCUGAGUGAUGGCUGCAGCGGCGGAGGGGCUGGAGUCCAGAGAAGCUGCAGCUGCCUCAAAAGAUGCUCCAAGACCUGCUGUGGAGUCUGUGGAUGCAGGACCUGGGGCACCUCCCUUCCUGGCUGGGAAUCGGCUGAAUUUGGACCUGUACCCCGAGGGCUGCCACCAGCUGCUGCACCUGUGUGCCCAGCACCACCAGCAGCUGCUGCAGGUAGAGUUCUUACGGCUGAGCACCCACGAGGACCCUCAACUGCUGGAAGCCACCCUGGCCCAGGUGCCGGGGAACCUGCCACACCUCCGCUCCUUGGUCCUCAAAGGAGGGCAACAUCGGGGUGCCCUGGGUGCCUGCCUCCAGGGUACCCUGACCACGUUGCCCACUGGCCUGAGUGCCUUGGCCCACCUGGUCCACCUAGACCUGAGCUUCAACAAACUGGAGACACUGCCAGCCUGUGUCCCUCAGCUGCGCAGCCUGGACACGCUCCUUCUCUCUCAUAACCGCCUGUCAGUGCUCCCUGAGACCCUGGGUGCUCUCCAUGUUCUCACCUUCCUCACUGUGACACACAACUGCCUGCAAAAGCUGCCCCCAGCACUGGGGGCCCUGUCUGCCCUGCAGCAACUUGAUCUCUCAGAGAACCUUCUGGACACACUUCCUCCUGAGAUUGGAGGCCUGAGCAACCUCACUGAACUCAACCUGGCUUCCAACCGGCUGCAGAGCCUCCCUGUCUCCCUUGUGGGGCUGCGGUCCCUGCGGCUCCUUGUUUUGCACAGCAACUUCCUGACCUCAGUGCCUGCUGGUCUGGCCCAUCUCCCACUGCUCACUCGGCUUGACCUGAGGGACAACCAGCUCCGGCACCUGCCUCCUGAGCUACUAGAUGCACCCUUUGUGCGCUUACAGGGGAACCCCCUGGGUGAGGCCUCACCAGAUUCUCUGAGUCCUCCAGGCACACCCCAAGUUCUUGAAAUGCCGAAACUGUUCCUGACCUCAGAUUUGGACAGCUUCCCUGUGACCCCCCAAGGCUGUUCUGUAACUCUGGCCUGUGGCGUCCGCCUGCGGUUCCCAGCGGGGGCCACCACUACCCCCAUCACUGUCCACUAUCGACUGUGGCUGCCGGAACCAGCACUCGUCUCCUUGGGCCCUCAUGACUCCCUGCUCAGCGGUGUCCUGGAGCUGUGGCCCCAUGGGGUGGCUUUUCAGCAGGAUGUGAGCCUGUGGCUGCUCUUUGUCCCCCCACGGGCCCGUCGUUGCCAUGAGGUAGUGGUCAGAACCCGCAGGGACAAUAGCUGGAGUGACCUGGAGACCCACCUAGAGGAAGAGGCACCCAAGCGGCUCUGGGCUCGCUGCCAGGUGCCCCACUUCUCAUGGUUCCUUGUGGUUUUGCGCCCUGUAUCCAAUGCCUGCCUGGUACCUCCAGAGGGGACACUGCUGUGCUCUUCAGGUCAUCCUGGGGUCAAGGUCACCUUCCCCCCUGGGGCCACCGAGGAGCCUCGUCAUGUCUCCAUGCAGGUGGUGCACAUGGCUGGCCGAGAGUUGCGCGCCCUUCUAGGGGAGCCAGAGGCUGCGGUGAGCCCCCUGCUAUGCCUCUCACAGAGUGGUCCCCCCAGCUUCCUCCAGCCAGUUACGGUGCAGCUACCCCUGCCCCCUGGUGUCACAGGCUUCAGCCUGGACCACUCCCGCCUGCACCUGCUGUACUGGGCCCCUCCUGCAGCCACCUGGGAUGACAUCACGGCUCAGGUGGUGCUGGAGCUCACUCAUCUGUAUGCACGCUUCCAGGUCACACAUUUCUCCUGGUACUGGCUCUGGUACACCACCAAGACCUGUGUGGGGGGCCUGGCGCGGAAGGCCUGGGAGCGGCUACGGCUGCACCAAGUCAACCUCAUUGCCCUGCAAAGGCGCCGGGACCCCGAGCAGGUCCUGCUGCAGUGCCUGCCCCGAAACAAGGUGGAUGCCACCCUGCGCCGGCUGCUGGAGCGCUAUCGAGGGCCCGAGCCCUCUGACACUGUGGAGAUGUUUGAGGGCGAGAAGUUCUUUGCUGCCUUCGAGCGAGGCAUUGACGUGGAUGCUGACCGCCCAGACUGUGUGGAGGGCAGGGUCUGCUUUGUGUUCUACUCUCACCUGAAGAACGUGAAGGAAGUGUACAUCACCACAGCUCUGGAUCGGGAGGCUCAGGCGGUGCGAGGCCAGGUGUCCUUUUAUCGGGGCUCAGUGCCUGUGGAGGUACCCCAAGAGGCUGAGGCUGCCCGGCAGAGGAAGGGUGCAGAUGCCCUCUGGAUGGCCACUCUGCCUAUCAAGCUGCCGAGACUUCAGGGGCUCAAGGGUCACGGGAAGGGGGCCAGGCUUUCCCUGGCACCCCUGAACCUGGGCGACGCUGAGACUGGCUUUCUGACUCAGAGCAACCUGCUGAGUGUGGCUGGGCGCCUGGGUCCCGACUGGCCAGCCGUGGCCCUGCACUUGGGCAUGCCCUACCGAGAGCUGCAGCGCAUCCGGCAUGAGUUCCGGGACGACCUGGACGGGCAAAUCCGCCACAUGCUCUUCUCCUGGGCAGAGCGCCAGGCUGGGCAGCCAGGGGCUGUGGAGCUCUUGCUGCAGGCCCUGGAGCAGAGUGACCGGCAGGAUGUGGCUGAAGAAGUACGGGCCAUCUUGGAGCUCGGCCGCCACAAGUACCAGGACAGCAUCCGCCGUACGGGCCUGGCUGCAGAGGACUCUGCUCUGCCAGGCACAUCAGCCUCACAGUCCACAGAGCCUGCCCAGGCCUAAGCCCAGCAGGCUCUGGACAUUGGCCUGGCCCCUGGCAGAGCUCGACCUUCAAGUCUCUCCCCUGUCUGGGGGCGAUGUAAACCUGUACUGUUCCAUCUACCAUCUCAGAGCUUGGCUGGUCCAUCAGGUGGAGAGGCAGUUGGAGGGAAGGCAGGGCCAGGCUAUCUGAGGCCCAGCCUCUACUGGGAGGGGGUUCUGUAUGCCCAGUCUUCCCAUGGCCUUUGCUCCUGCCCCUCCCUCAGACCAUGCCUGUUGCCUGUGGUCCUGAUCUUCCCAGAAGUGGAGAGGAGCUGACUCUACAAAGUAACGAUUCUAUCAGAGAUGGAUACAAAGUCA